CAGGAAUAUGUUCCACUGUGCACUUCAUUCUCAAGCCUUGUGGCCCAAGGUGGAAAGAAGGUGAAUUGUGAUGUAUGUGGAACAUGGGACCUUGGCGAAUUCCGUAACCAAGAGGAGGAAGAAGUAACAACAGCCAGUGGAGACAAAAAGAACUGCUGCCCCCUUCUCCCCCCUCCACGUUCCCACUGGGGAGGUGAGCCCAGCAUCCCAGACUUGCGUGACUAUAUAGGCAAGCAUUUGGAGACUAACUUUACUUUGUUACCCCAGCCCUCAGUGGCUCAAAGUUGGCUUUCUGAGCAGAUAAUAGGCUUCGAAGUAGCACAGUUCCCUACUCUCAGCAAGCCCAACACCAUGGGGAAGGGAGACACCUCGGAGGUAGCACCACCUACCUCAGCCUACCGCUCUGUCAUGGAGGCCUAUGGUUACGAGGUGGGCAAGGUCAUUGGCAAUGGCUCCUAUGGGACGGUGUAUGAGGCUUACUACACAAAGCAGAAGGUCAUGGUGGCUGUCAAGAUCAUCUCAAAGAAGAAGGCCUCUGAGGACUAUCUUAACAAGUUCCUGCCCCGUGAGAUACAGGUCAUGAGGGUCCUGCGGCACAAGUACCUCAUCAACUUCUACCAGGCCAUCGAAACCACAUCCCGAGUAUACAUCAUUCUGGAGCUGGCUCAGGGCGGUGAUGUCCUUGAGUGGAUCCAGCGAUAUGGGGCUUGUUCUGAGCCCCUUGCUGGCAAGUGGUUCUCCCAGAUGACCCUGGGCAUCGCCUACCUGCACAGCAAGGGCAUCGUGCACCGCCUGACCCCCAGCCUUUCUGCUGCUGGUAGGGACUUAAAGUUGGAGAACCUGUUGCUGGACAAGCGGGAGAAUGUGAAGAUAUCAGACUUUGGCUUCGCCAAGAUGGUGCCUUCUAACCAGACAGUGCAUAGUAGCCCUUCUUACCGCCAAACGAACUGCUUUACAAACCACCUCAGCCAGACCUACUGUGGCAGCUUCGCUUAUGCAUGCCCGGAGAUCUUGCUGGGCUUGCCCUACAACCCUUUCCUGUCUGACACCUGGAGCAUGGGCGUCAUCCUCUACACUCUAGUGGUCGCCCGGCUGCCCUUUGAUGACACCAAUCUCAAGAAGCUGCUGAAAGAGACUCAAAAGGAGGUCCAGCUGCUCACUGCCUGUGUGGCACAAUGGGGGGCGAGCUCAGCCAAGACCUCUCUUUCCCCUGCCCUAGAACCUGGUCCUCCAGACGCUACGCCAAGCCACCAAGCGUGCCACCAUCCUGGACAUCAUCAAGGAUCCUUGGGUGCUCAAAUUCCAGCCUGAGCAACCCACCCAGGAGAUCAGGCUGCUUGAGGCCAUGUGCCAACCCUCCAGCACCACUAAUCGGCACCAAUCCUUGGAAAUCAAUACCUAAAAAUGGUUGAAGGAAGGGGUUGGAAGAGGAGCAAAGCAGGAGGGUCUGGGGCUAAAAAUCCUUUAUACCAAAAAUAAAUCUAUUUCUGAUUUAGUUUCAUCAGCUGGGGUCAAAGACAUUCUUUCUUCGGGGGAACCUUAGCAGGGAACCCUACUGAGACCAAGAGGUGGAUUUCUAACCAGAGUCUGUAACCAGUCACCUUGAUGUCUGUAAGUCAAUAGGGUAAUUCACAAUGUAGCUCAUACGUGGCUCAUGGGGGAGAGGGUGCUGGGAUAAACACCCACUUUGGGGAAGCUUCAUUAUUCUGGCUAAGUAAAUGCUUAUUAUUUUACAUGUCUGUGCAUUCUAAAUGUUCAAGCAGUGGGACAGAGGCCCUGGUUGCUAUUUGGUUAUGGCUCUGCCUCUGUUUACAGUCCAAAGGGAUGGCAUUAUUUGUUCCCCUUGAAAUGGGCAUCAGGAUGUGUGAAAUAUCUUGGUUCCUUCUCCAGAUGCCACCUUAACCACUGUUGGAACAAUCCCAGUGAAUCAUGGUCCCUCAUCGAUUGCUCUUAGAAAUGGCAAGGGUGCCUGGGUGGCGCAGUUGGUUGAGUGUCUCACUCUUGGUUUCAGCUUGGGUCAUGAUCUCGGGGUUGUGGGACUGAGCCCCGAAUCAGGUUCUGCGCUCAACAGGCAGUCAGCUUGGGGUUCUCUCUCCUUCUCUCUCUGCUCUUCCUGCUUGUAUGCACACGCUCUCCCAAAAUAAGUAAACAAAUCUUAAAAAAAAAAAAAAGAAACCGAAGAGACAGUUCAAACAAGCCUAUUUACCGUGGGUUCUGAAUAAAGGAAAGCUACUUGCUCCUUCAUCCCUAUAUUCUCCUUCCCUGUCCUUGAAAAUGGGCUUUGCAAAAGGCAAAUGAGUAGUAAAUCAUGGGGCUGUCUUGGCAGAGGCAUGAUUGGGGGAAAGCAAUGAGAGAAGACUCAGAGACAGCUCCAUAUGGGUCUAAGAUAAAUAAUACUUGUGCUUAACCUCAGCACCAGGCAACUCUAGGACACACCAACUUGAAAGAUGAAACAGUACCUACCUAGAACAUAGUAGGUCAAGAUAUUGUCAACUCCCAUUUGUUCUCUGUUCCAGUACUUCGUUAUUCCCUUCAUUACUCCCAUUGUGAUUCAAUGCUUGAAACAAAGCUCCAAAGGCCAGGGAAGAGUUUCAGGUGUAGACGAGGCAGUAUAAGCAGUAUGGUUCCAUCUGCCCGAUUUUAUUGGGAACAAGGGCACUGUAACUGCUAUCAGAGAAGGGAGCCCAGGGGCUCCUCUCGCACCAAGGUCUUUUUUCAGAGUUGAGCCAGGGAGGGGAGGGCGACAACACCUUUUCAGGCAGGGUCACACUAUCACCCUCAGCAGGACCUCCCCAGAAGGCUAUGUUCCUUUAGCUUAGCACUUGGCACUUAAGGAAAAGAGACCAAUGAAGGCAGCACUGGGAAAACAAGCCCAGACUUAU